CUCAUGCGGUACGAGUAAGGAGUGCGACUACUUAUUAGUUAUUUUAUUACCUAAUGUGGUCAUUUGAAGUGUUUGGGUACCCUGAUACCUACUGAUAAUAUACAUUCAUAGUGAAUCGUAUUAAUGGCCGCUAGCCACUGCGUAAAUAUACCACUAUCAGUAACAGUGUUAGAACCGGCCUCGAAGACACCAGCGAGCGCCAGGUGAAAGUCUCAGACGCAUACUUGGCUUCAAGUUACCAAGACGCCUAUCGAACAUUAAAGUCGGCUUGCGAUUUCGUUACCGAUUAUCGCGGAUAAAUAAACAAAUAAGUGCGGACUUUAAGUAGUAAACGCGGGCGCAUCGUGACGCGUAUCAAAACGCGCCAGUUGUACGUUGUACGGAGCUGAUCGCCGAUAGUGUUGCGCGGAGGCGCGCGACCGCCGCUGGCGCACUGGCCGCUCGCGCUCAGCCGGACACAGUAAUGAUGUUGACAACGUGGGCCAUCGUCUUCUUGGCGGCGAACGCGAUCGCCGACAAUCUUCAGUCUUUGGAGUCCAUCAAUAACAUCACGCUACCUGCCGAACAAUAUUUUAUUGAUAAGAUUUUCGCCAAAUAUGGAGACAGAGGAAUCAUCACUUUUGAGGGUUUCGAGCAUCUGCUGCACAGCCUAGGGCUCGGAGGGCAAGUAUUCACUUCCCCGCACGACAUUGCCCUGCACCGGAUCAACGGAACCUUUCGGCAGAUCCACGAUAUUCAGCAUCGACAUAGAAGAUCACCUUCUACAACAACACCUUUCUUGAUUAAACCAUGUCUGUCACCAAGAGAAAUACUAGAAGCUUAUGGAAUGGAAAGCGAGCCAGGAGUUAUAAAUAUAAAACCGAAAAUAUUUUUAGAAAUGUGUCCAGCACUUGUUUACCAAUUAGAUCAAAAAUCCUGUUACAAAACCGAAGUACCCUCCCCAAAGCUGGAUCGAGUUUGGACGUGGAUAUACGCCUCUUUGAGUAUUCUGGUUAUAAGUGCGACGGGACUUUUGGGCGUAGCUAUAGUACCGAUGCUAAAAUCGGUAAUAUUUAGUCACGUAAUACAUUUUUUGGUAGCAGUGGCGGUCGGUACUCUAUGCGGAGACGCCCUGUUGCAUCUGAUGCCCCACGCUCUAAAAUCGCACGGAACACCCAAUGAACCUCAGGAAGAGACUGAAGUUAUCCUCAAGUGCAGCGUAACAUUUCUCACUAUUCUCUUAUUUUAUUCUGUCGAAGCAAUCAUGCAAGUUCUCAAUGGAGGCCAUGCACACUCGCAUGAUGCACCAAGUAGAUCUGUCGAAGAAAUGAAAGUUGAAUCUGCAAAGCAAGUAGAGUCAAUAGAGCUCGGAGCGAUGAUGCCUGGUUCGCCUCCACCGCCCGUAGAACGCCCGAUGACAUCGACAGCACUGAUGGUUAUAGUUGGUGAUGGAUUACACAAUUUGACUGAUGGACUGGCUAUAGGAGCUGCAUUUAGUGGUGAUCCUGUGACUGGGUUUGCUACAGCACUUGCCGUAUUCUGCCAUGAACUUCCUCAUGAAUUGGGAGAUUUCGCAGUAUUACUACGUUCUGGCAUGAGUAUUAGACGAGCUAUGUAUUAUAAUUUGCUCUCCUCAGCUCUUAGCUUUAUGGGAAUGGCGGGUGGGAUUUGGCUUGCCGAGGACCAUGAAUCGGCCUCACAAUGGAUCUACGCAGCCACGGCUGGUACGUUCUUUUACAUUGCUUUAGCUGACUUGGUGCCCGAACUUAAUGAAAACAACAAAGGCAAAAGCGUUCAUUUAAUGCUUGCCAUCCUCGGUUUUCUAACCGGUGGGAUAAUUAUGUUAAUGAUAGCCCUUCACGAGGAUGCCAUACAAUACCUUUUCCGAAAUUCGGAACAAUAGAUGUAGGUAGGUGCCUAACUAAAUAACUAAGCGUAUCUACUGUAUUAUGUGAUAAUUCAGUACCUUCUCAUGGUUGUUCAAAUUGAUUGUCAUACCUACCUACUAGUGUUAAGUUAAAUCAAUAAGGCUAACUUAAAUAAAAAUAACAACUGCUCAGUUUUUAAAAUUAAAGCAUUCCAGUAGCAAUAAUUAUACGUAUUUAAGAUUAUGAUAAAUUAAUACCUGAUACGGUCUACUUCUACCGCACGUUCGUAGUUCACACUUAACGUAUCGUAACGACACGUAUGUAACGUGAUCGAAAAAUUCAAAAUCUUACUAUGACUACUAACACUAACACACCUUUAAGUUUUACUCACGUACGCGUAAGUAGCUUACGUAACUACCUACCUAAUGGACAACAAUAACAUAGUAUUUAAUGUAAAUGUACUUAUAAGAGUGUUUACAUUAGAAAGUCGUAAGUUAAUCAUGUAAGCUACUUACGUGUGUAAAACUUACAGGUGUGUCCGCGGCCUUACGUCAGGUGUGAACGCUCACAAA